AUGCUGCUUUGUGGAGUCAAAAAAGCACAGGUCCGAUUGUUAGUAUUGACAGUAGCACUGUGUGCAACAGGCGCCGUGACCCCCCCUCCGUGUUCCUUUGAGUCUGGCAUGUUCUGCACAUGGCUGCAGGUACAUAACGACAACUUGGACUGGAAAAUUGGUCAAGGUCCCACCCCGACCACCGACACGGGGCCUGACGCCGACCAUACUUAUCAAAACGCCUCGGGACAUUAUAUCUACUUGGAAACAUCUGGGUCAAACUACGGAGAAAAAGCGAGAUUAGAGAGUGCAGUCUUCACACCGUCCACAACAACCGAGUGCAAGCUUUCAUUUUACUAUUACAUGUACGGAGAAGAUACAAACCAGCUAAAUGUAUAUAUCAUUGCGAACAGUACUGAGACCAGACUUCUACACAGAACACAGCGUGAACGAAGAUGGCUGUUAGGGGAAGUCACCUUACCUAAAGCUGGCAACAUAUCGGUCAUAAUAGAAGCGGUGGUGGGCACAGGUUAUAAAGGAGACAUUGCGGUUGAUGACAUCGUCUUUGCACCUGAAUGCACGCCUCAAGUUGAAAACGCAGCAAGAUUAUCGUACGGAUCCGAGUUAUCGUCUGGGAGAUUGGAGUUAUACUCAGGCGGGCGCUGGGGCACUGUCUGUAGCGCUGGCUGGACGCAGGCCAACACUCUAGUUAUCUGCGGGGACUUGGGGUUCAACGCAGGCACGGUGGUGACACCUGUUGACGUACCAGGAUCCGUGGCUCAGCCGUUGACGUGGUCCCCACGCUGUACUGGGACGGAAUCUUCGCUGUCUCUCUGCCCUUCAACGACAGUCGCCUGCACUAAUGCUCCAACUGACAUAUUAUGGCUGGUCUGUACAGACUACAAAAGACAGUGCCAAUAUACCGAGUUCACGUGCGACAACCAGAAAUGCAUUCCUUUACAAGAUGUCUGCGACUUCACUGACGACUGCGGAGACAAUUCAGACGAAACAAAUUGUGUCACUUACGCCGGGCGAUGUGGCUUUGAGACAGACUUCUGCAACUGGAUAAACCUUGGCAAUGAAAAGUUGAACUGGACAAGAACACGAGGAGACCUUUCUGGACAGCUGGGUCCGAGAGGGGAUCAUAGGGGAGACAUAAAUAACUAUUAUCUCAGGCUUACAGGCAACGCCAAUGACGUCGGCUCACUCGCCUUGUCGCAGAAAGUGAAUUCAACAUCAUGCACGCUGUCCUUCUACUAUUUCAAACCUGCAGCAUCAGAUCGUAUUACCGUAAGGGUUAAAACUGCGGACGCCUUGACCUACGACGUAGGGGCCGUACACACACAGAGGCGUGGUGAUUGGACAUUAGCCAGGUUCAAUCUAUUUCCGCACGGACCGGUAACCCCUAGCAGUGCCGUGUUGAUAGAUGGCGCUGUAGGCACGGGAAGUAAUGGUAUUUACCUUGAUGACGUCACGCUGUCUCGUGAUUGCACCGUAGGUGGCACGCCCUCUUGCUCAGCCAGUGACUUUAGGUGUGGUAGCGGGGAAUGUGUGUCCCAGGAUAAAGUCUGCAACUAUGAUAAAGACUGUAUUGACGACUCUGAUGAAGCACAGUGUGCUGGUUGGUCAAGAUGCGACUUCCAAACUGACCUCUGUGGCUGGGGGCACGAUGCAAGCAAGAGUCAGUUUGAGUGGACGCGGCGUGCUGGGGAAACUCGAACCACAUUAACGGGACCUAGCUACGACCAUUCAUUAAAAAAUGACCAAGGAAAGUAUAUGUAUACCGAGGCGUCAAAUCCUCGCCAAAGUGGGGAUAGGGCUGUGUUGAAAAGUGAGAUAUUCAAUACAAACGGUGUAUGCAAGAUACGCUUCUUUUACCACAUGUAUGGAAAUAACAUGGGAACAUUAAGCAUCAGCGUACAAAACAUGAACAAUCUUGCCCAGAUCGUUCAGAGGUGGAGCUUGAAUGGUGACCGGGGGGAUAGGUGGCGCUUUGCUGCCGUGGAUCUUGGGACUUUUGCAAAAUUCCGAGUUCUGCUUAUUGGCACAUUGACGGGAGCUCCCCGGAGUGACAUGGCCGUUGAUGACGUGUCUUUUUCUCCCGGAUGCACAUUAGAUCAAGGUACAGAAAUUCGACCCAAAGCAGACGUCCGUUUGCGAGGAGGCCCCGCUUCUUUUGCCGGGAGAAUAGAGAUUUUCCAUGACGGGAGGUGGGGCACCGUCUGUGACGACGGUUUCGACCAGGCUGAUGCAGAUGUAGUGUGUAGAGAACUAGGUUACGUUGGGGCGGAAUUCCCGAAAUUGGGCAGUUUCUACGGUCCUGGCAGAGGUAACGUGUGGCUGUCCACACUUCAGUGCACAGGACAGGAGCCUUCUAUCAGAGCGUGCGCCCAUUCAGGUUGGAAUGCUAGAACAUGUGAUUACACAACCCAUACAGAAGACGCGGGUGUUGUAUGUGACACCUCGGGCUCAGUGGGUAUGGUACGCUUAUCGCACGGGGAAACGACCACGACAGGACGGUUGGAAUCGCAUCAUGGCGGGAAAUGGGGUGUCGUCUGCGCAAGGUCAAACACCGUUAACGACGUUACAAACGUCGCUCGUGUCGUUUGCCGACAACUUGGACAUCUAGGAGGGACUGUCUUGGCGAGCAGAAGUGUGCCCUCUAACGGUGCUGUCCUCUCCGGGCUUUCAUGCACGGGAAAUGAAAGUGCCAUAACAGACUGCACGCACGAUCCCUGGGGAAGUCCGUCCACAACCUGCUUUGAUAGUUCUGCGAUAUGGAUUGCGUGUGAUAGAGAUAUCGUAACCCUGGAUGGUUCCCUAAGGCUAAUUGGUGGAAAUACAUCCAAUGCUGGACGCCUAGAGAUGUACUAUUAUGGGGAUUGGCGCUCCAUGUGCCGCAGCAUCUGGACAAAUCACAAGGCGACAAACGCCAAAGUUGCCUGCUCUCAGUUAGGGUUCGUUUUCGCGUCUAAAGAACUGACCACAGAGUUUGGACAGGGUGCAGCGAUUGUUCAUCUCCAAGAGCUACGUUGUACUGGUUCCGAGGACAGUAUACUUGGCUGCAGUCCAUCCCUGGGCCCAACACCGCCAUUAUCCUGUCCCCAUGUCGGAAUUGUUUGUGAAGGUCGCCAUUUUCCAAAUAGCACUCGCCUGAACGACGGACAGAGAGCAGACGGCUAUGAAGGGCUGUUGGAAGUUUUUGAACAGGGACGAUGGUACACCGCCUGCACACAGAAGUUCACCGAGAGAAUGGCGGAUGUCGUCUGCAAAGAAAGGGGUUAUACAAAGUUUCUCGGCUUCCACUAUUUCCCUGUGAUACCCUCUGCUGAUACAUUCGUCACCAAGGCAAUUUGCACGGGCAAUGAAACUCGCUUGAGCCAGUGUCCCCACCACGGCUGGAUUCGAAUGGUAGACCAUUGUGCCUCAUACAAAGGCAUUAUAUGCUACAGGCAGCCCCUGUCCCCGGAGAAAGGUACCUCGACACUAGGAGUGUCAGGCGGUUGCGGGGCUGGUGCCAGUACGUCAAGCGGGGACGGCAACUCGGGCUGGCUGCAGACGCCGCUUUACCCAAACCUGUUUUAUAACAACAAUGUGGCCUGUAUCUGGGCCAUUGUUGUGCCCGUGGGAUAUACUAUUAAUGUGCAGUUUAAAGACGGUUCGAAGACUGAAGCAUCAUAUGAUACUGUUAAGUUGUUCACAGAAGUGGAGAAUUUAGCUACCCUUAUCGAAACCCUCUCUGGGCCUCUGCCUAAUAGUCGCAUCCAUCUUGACGCUAAUGUUGCAUUAGUGGAGUUUAAGAGUGAUGCCUCAACGGGUGAAGUAGGAUUCCGGUUGGAGUAUACAGCUGUUCUACCGCCAAGUACACCGGCGUCCACUUUAUCAAAUACGUUCAGUGUUUCUAGCCGCACCACUACCGCAACUUUUCCACCCACAACAACAUCACCAGGUGAAAAAGAAGGUUCUGAGAGUGGCAAGCUGGUAGUUGCUGUAGUGGUACCGGUGGUUGUGCUGGCAGUGGCAGGAACCAUAGUAGUCGGGCUGUGGUUCUUUUUGUACAAAAAGAAAGCUGCAAACAAUAAUGGUAGGUUCAGCAGUCUGCUUAAUCUACGCGACAAUGAAGUUAGGCCAUCGUCAGCGUCCAGCACGGCUAGUCAACUAUCGGUAGCCCCGCAGGAAGUGAUGCCCCAAGCCUCACCUACAUAUAACAGUCUAACUUUAACCUCCACUGGCGACCAUAUGUACACAGGCCUGGAUGACGGUUAUGCCCGUCUUCAUAAUUCAGGUCAAGGUCAAGGACAUUACGCCACUUACCACCGGGAUGGCAAACCUCGACCGGAGUCUGCUAACUACGAUGACUUCUAUGCUCAGAUACCUCCAGCUGCUACAAAUUUUUCCAUAUUCCACCGAUCAUUCGCGUAAUGUAACCGUCUCUGAAGACAAGGAUGAAAGAAAUAGCCAUUCUGGUUCAUGGGAAAAUCACGCAUUUCAACAUGGUGGAGCCUCUGGAA